GUUUAUAGAUCGUGAGCAGAGCUACCGCUCUGUCUCUCGCAAUGUCCUCGGAUAUUCACAAUGAGGACCAGAGCGUUCCUUAUGCACAUUCACCAGGAGGGACCCCUCAGGAGGACAAAGUCGGAAACAUGCGGCUGGUGUCGCACAGCAACGACAAGGCGCCACUGGAGGUCAACAGGCAGCAGGUGAUGCUGGAGCUCAUCGAUGAAUCUUCCCCCGGCGAACGCUUCGGGCUGGACCUGGUGGCUGUCCUGGACGUCAGCGAAAGCAUGGGGCAGUGGGAUAGGCUCGCCAAGGUGAAGACCGCCAUGCAGUUCGUCAUCAAGAAGCUCAGACCCAUCGACCGCCUCUCCAUCGUCACAUUCUCCACCAACGCCAAGAGGCUGUGCCAUCUGCGUUCGGUGACCAAGGCUUUCCAGGCACACCUGAAGGAACUGGUCGACGGCCUCAAGGCCGGGGGCAGCACCAACAUAAAACACGGCCUCCAGACUGGCCAACAAGUCCUCACCGACCGCCGCCUCACCGGCGGCCGCGUCGCCAGCAUCUUUGUCUUGUCCGAUGGGGAGGUGAACGAUGCUAAGGUUGGUGAUGUCAGCGAUGUGGCGGUCUACAUGUUUGGUUUUGGUGCAGACUGUGACCACAAGGUGCUGGAGGGGAUCGCAAGGGAGAGCAAAGGAGGAACGUUCAACUAUGUGGAUGACACGGAAAACAUGAUCGAGCCCUUCUCGCAGAUCCUGGGUGGCCUACUCAGUGUGGUCAUCCAGGACCUCAAGCUCACUGUGUCCCCACAUCCAGGCGACUCCACGAUAGAGAACGUGCAAGCUGGUUUCUACCCGCAGACCAAGGUCCACGGCUCGGUCAUCGUCAGCUUCGGCGAUCUCUUUGCCAGAGAAGUACGCAAGGUCAUCGUCGACGUCCUCCUCCUCGACGUCCCGUCCAAGAGGAAAAGCAUGAUUGCCCUCAUCGCCCAGUGCUCCUAUAGUAUCCAAGGAAAACCCUUCUUCUCCCGUAAAUUGACGGUCACUAUAAGCCGCGUCACCGGACCAGGAGCAGCUGACCCGAACAGGAAGCCGGAGGCCGUGAGGAUCGAGAUAGCCCGCGUCGGUCUCGCAAAAUCCUUAGAGGAGGCGUGUACAAUGGCGGACCACCACGACCUCGACGGCGCCCGCGAGAAGCUGGAGGAGGCCAAGAACGACCUUAAAGUACUUGAGCAGUCCAACUCCAUAGUUGACAUCCUCAUGACCCAGCUGGAUAAGCUCCUAGAGAUGAUCUGGAACAGCUUGCCAGAUCUCCGGCUCCGGCUCCGCCUCCUCGGCUCCCUGCGGUCGUUGAAGACGUCGCAUGAUCGGCAGCGCCCCGCGGCGACCGGCUACGUCAAUGGUGUCAGGCUCUUUAAGACGGAGUUCACGGAGGCGUCACGGGAGCAGGGCAAAUUUUUUAAGAAGAACCGCAAUAUGGAGGUGCCGCCGGUCGAGGACGACUUCAAGAAGGUGAAGCAGCAGAGACCCGUGAGAGAUGAGCAGGGCCAGGGCAUGGGCAUGGAUACGCCGCCGGCCGUGGCGACGGAGGCGUGGACCUGCAGCUGGUGGCCGGGGGACUUGGAAUCACACCAAGACAGCAGGUGGGCAUGGGCGAUGGUGAUGAUGUGCAUGGUGCUCGCCAUCGGCGUGACCGUGAUCGGCGGGGUGCUGUUCGCUGUGUACCUCUUCUACGCGCGCAAGAUGCCGUCCCUGGCGGUCUCCGACGCGCAGCUGGGUGUGCUCCAGUACGCGGUCCAGGGCGGCACCAUCCAGCACCUUCAAAUGUCCAUCACCAUCCUGGCCAAAAACGACAAGUCCGAGGCGGAUGCCUCUUUCUCCCCCGUCGACCUCGCCCUAGAGUUCCACGGAGCCGUGGUGGCUGUCCUGCGGACGCCGGCGCCGUUCGUGGUGGCGCCGGGGAGCUCCCUGCCGCUGCACUACAACGUGGUGUCGGCGGAGCGGACGCUGGACCAGGCCGGGAUGCGGGCCAUGUUCGAGUCGCUCAACGCCGGCGUGGUGCCGCUCCAGCUGCACGGCAAGGUGCGCACGCGCUGGAAGGUGGGCAUCUUCCUCAAGACCAAGUAUUGGACGCGCAUCUCGUGCCGUCUACGCUUCUUCUACCCCGGCAACGGUACCGUCAUGCCCACUGAUCGCCACAGAUGCCGCUCCAGGUCGCCAUAGCACUGCAGUCAUCUGCUCGUCCUCUGUAUUCUGCCAUGCAUCGUCCACUUAAUUGUAUCAAACAAAACACAUAUACAUAGCCAUGCUUUAUUUCAGUUUUGCUUGGGCUCAGUCGCCUGAGACUGUAUUUUUCUAAGUCGACGCCUUCUGAGAAAUUGUGUUUCUCGGUCGACUGAGCCGUAGGUUCUGCAGCCACUUGCUUCUGAACUUCUCCUUAUGAACGACUCAA